UAUCAUGGAUCCAGAAAAAUUCAUCGAGCUGCAAAAACAAAUGCGAGAAAAUAAUGAGGAAGUGGCAGAUUUUCUGAAAGACUUCAGUUCAUGGAAGGAAACCGUUGAGGCCAAAGAUGCAAGAUUACAAAACAAAACGGUUGACACUGACAGUCUACCUGCUGUUCGUAACAGCUUACUCCGGAAACAGAGAAAAAAACGUAAAAAAGUUGAACCCACCCCAAAAACGUCAGCGAAUCGCAUCAGGGGUUAUGAUUACCGAGCUUGGGACAAAUUCGAUGUUGAUAAAGCCCUGAAUGAAGUUGAAGAUGAUAUAAAGGCAACUGAUUCGGAAAGCAGUUUAACAGACGAAGAAUUUGAAAACAGCCGCAGAAUCAAUCUUUCCAAGGAGGCCCGGGAGCUCGGAAACCUUCGUUUUAAAGAGGGGAAUUACGUCGAUGCCGUGGAACAAUAUACUACCGCCGUUCGUCUCACACCCGAGGACCCGGUCCCAUUAACUAACCGCGCGUUUGCCCAUCUCAAGCUAGAACGGUACGCCUCUGCGGAAGCGGAUUGUUCAGCUGCACUUGCUCUGGAUUCUAAGUGCAUCAAGGCUCUGUUCCGACGGGCUCUUGCAAGAAAGAAUUUGGGCAAAACGGAUGAGGCCAUUUCUGAUUUGGAGUUUAUCCUUCAACUUGAUCCUGACAACAAGGCGACAGUGAAAGAAUUGUCUAGUCUCACUGGAAAGACUGCUGCCAAUCCGAAGACAGAUUCAACCCAGACAGCUUCGUUAGUCAGCACGGAUCACAAGCGUCUAGACAGAGGUGCUCGACGUUUUAGACGCAUCCCAAUCGUGGAAGUAGGUGGCCAUUCUAACGCGAAACAGGGGUCUAGUGCCAACGAAGAAACGGGUGAUAUUUUGAAAGGAUCGUGCAGACCAGUUGGGGACACUCCUUUCGAAAUGUUUCCAUCCCCACCGAUUCUAGACAGCCUCCCUAAGGAAAGGGCACCUUCAAAUCCUGUGAAUCAUCACGACCCUGCAGUUCCUACAUCGGGUUUGAAGAUCCAGUUAACAGCAAAUGGACCGAGUAAUUGGUUCCAGUUAGAACGAGAAUUGCGAGAAUUAUGUGGGCGGGCGAGAGACGCACUACCCAAGGCUGCAGUCGAGUACCUCUGUCGCAUCGACCCGACACAAUACCAGAAUGUGAUUGGUAGUAAUCUGGAGACUGGUUUUCUGACACAAAUGUUGCUUGCACUGACCGAAAACAAUAUUUUGACUCCAGCGGAGAUUGCGUUGCGGUUAGAUCAUCUCUGUCGUUUGUCACGUUUCGAUGUCGCGUGGAUGAUGGUUGACGACAGAAGUCGAGAUCUGCUGAACCGUCUAGUCCUACUACUCCAGCAAUGCGAUGCGGUACCCCGAGAAAAGUUGAACCACAUUCGCUCUCAAUUUUCUGAACUGUGAGGAACCGGAAUGGAGAAGGUUAACUUCCCUACGAUUGGCGACUCUCUUGUCAAUGUUGUAUUUGUUUGCGGAUCCAUAAACGCAUUUCCCACUUAUUGUACAGAUUCUCCACCAGUAGUGUGAUUCAUUCACAAUUGUUUCAUCGUUUAGCAUAACCGCAUCCUUAUCCGGUUAUUUGAUUUGGUACUUUUGAGGGAACUCCAUUACCGUCGCUGUCUGUUGCCAAAGUUUCAGUUCAGAAUUACUAUAAUUGCC